AUGGUGGAGAGGAGGGGUGUUUACAAGAAACUGGAGCAGGUUGCACGUGCGGUAAGGGGGAACGACAGCUCGUUUGGAGGGCUGCAGUUGAUCCUGUGCGGAGACUUUUUGCAGCUGCCGCCAGUGGUCCGGGAGACGGGUCAGAAGGGAGUCCGCUUCUGCUUCCAGAGCCGCGCGUGGGAGAAGUGCGUGCACAUCAGCUUCGAGUUGACUCAGGUUUACCGGCAGUCGGAUCCCGCGUUCAUAGAUAUCUUGAAGAAUGUGCGCAUAGGCAGAGUGACACCUGAGAUAACAGCGCAACUCAUGUCUACAAUGGAUCAUAAGGUGGAGAGUGGAGACAUUCUAGCGACGCAACUGUGCAGCCAUACGCAAGAUGCAAAUCUGAUCAACACCAGCAAACUGAAUAACCUUGCAGGUGCGAGCAGAACGUUUGAGGCGACGGACAGCGAUCUCUGCUCGACGAAGACGCUCGACCAGAUGACCCCUGUCCCCAGUUCCUUGGAACUCAAAGUUGGAGCACAGGUGAUGCUCAUGAAGAACAUGAACGUGGCAGACGGCUUGGUGAACGGUGCUCGAGGCGUGAUCACCAGUUUUGAUGACAAAGGUCUGCCCGUCGUGCGAUUCUGUUCGAAGAGGGAGGUGGCUUUGAAGCCCGAACGGUGGGUGGUUAAGACGGGCGGCGGGGCGCUGCUGUCACGCAAACAGGUCCCGUUGCGACUUGCCUGGGCGUUCUCCAUUCAUAAGGCUCAGGGACUGACUUUGGACUGCGUCGAGAUGUCCCUGGCAAAUGUGUUUGAGGCGGGUCAGGCCUACGUCGCCCUGUCCAGAGCCAAGGGCCUUGACACGCUGAGGAUCCUGGACUUCAACCCCAAGCACGUCUGGGCAAACCCCGACGUCCUGGACUUCUACGAGAAAUUCCGCAGGAAGCUCCGCCAGACGCGGAUCGUCCCGCUCGGCAGGCCCAGAGUUUGACGACUGCCGAAGCCAGGAUUUAAAUUUUGCUCUUGGACUGCGCGAUGAUGACGCGGACCGAAACUGAGAAGUUGUAGAAUUAAAAGACUGAAAAUUUUAUACAACGUUUGUCCGUUUUGUAAUUUUUGUAUUUUCCGUUUAUUAAAAGAGUGGACCUUCCCUCCUGAGUUACCAGGGGUGGAUGGUGGUUGACAUUUGCAGCUAUUCAAGGGACCAAAAAUGUUCAUAACCACACAAGUCCACUGUAGGAUUCUAUCAAA